AUGCGGCUCCUCGGGAAACUCCGUUCCUCAGCUCCAGAGCCCGCCUUCUCUAACGUUCUCACUCCGGGUCGCAUCCCCGAGUUCUGCAUCCCGCCGCGGCUGUCCCUGCCGUGCCCACCAGAAUCUCCCCCGGCCGGCGCCCUGCCCCGGCGGUGCGCCGCGGAACCGGACUUGUGGCCCCGCGCGGACAAUGAGGGCGCGGGUCGCACCGACUGGGACCCGCGCUCACAGGCCGCGCUCUCGCUGCCUCACCUGCCCCGCGCGCUCACCGCCUACGGCUUCUGCACGCUACUGGAGAGCCCGCACACGCGCCGCAAGGAGUCGCUCUUUCUCGGGGAUCCCCGUGCCGCCGCGCUCCUGCAGCCGCCAGCUGCCAGACCCCGAGCGCACACCUAUGGGGGCAACCGAGAAGGGGACGUCACCCGUUUGCCCCUGCGAACCCCGGACGCAGCUCCCGCCGCGGCACCUGGCUGUCCCUGUCCGCCUCGGGACGCGCUCUCCCCAAGGCCUGGCGGUCGCCGCCUCCUGCGCGCCCCUAACGGGCUGCUAAGUCGCGCGCUGCGGGCUCGGAGGAGUCGCGGCUUGGCUCGCGCACGCUCUGCCUCCAACCCGGACGGAGACGUGGAGCGCGGCUCCGCCUCUCAGCCCAACACCCCCGCACCGUGUUCGCCCUUGUCCCUGGACCCACGGACUAAGCUCGUGGAAGCUGAGGGCACCGUGGCACUGGGCCGCGCUGGCUGCGCCUUGCGCCUGGCCGCCAACUACUGUCCCAGCAGCGGCCGCCUCCGCAUCCGACUGCUGGGAGCCGAGGGCCUGGCCGGAGGUACCCCUGAGCCCCGGGCCCUUGGCUGCCGCAUCAGCCUAGUUCUGCAGCCUACAGGCUCCACGCGCAAGCAACGUAGCUCAGUGCUCCGCCGGAGUCUCAAGGACGCCUUUGACCAGGACUUCUGUUUCGAUGGGCUCACGGAAGACCAAGUGCGCCACUUGACUGUGCGCGUCAAGGCGGAGAAAAAAGGCCGCGGCCUGGAGCGGGGCCACGUCCUGGGCCAGGGCGAGCUGCUGCUGGGCUCUCUCCUGCUCCUCUGA